AUACAACAGAAUCAUGUGACAAUGAAAUUUUCUAACAUGUCGCAUAUAAGCCUGUAUGCAAAGGACAUCAAGCAAACUUAUGAAAGAGAAUGCGUAUCAUACUGUCGAUGAUCACAAUGUCUGAAUUCCACAGUUUCAUUAUUUUCCUUUUGAUAUCUCCCACUGAUUCCUACCGUUUACAAUGUCCAGAUAUAUCUCAGAGACUAUUAAGGGCAUCGGGAUAUUGCACAAGUAUUCUAAGAUGGGAAUACACAUGUCUUUAUGAUACAAAUAGAUUAAGGUUUUCGGAACAAUGUGAAAAGAACCAAGAUUAUGUAAGACCAGGCGAAAGAUAUGUAAUAACUGGAAGUCUUCGAAAUGUCGAUUGUUCUUCAAAACAAUAUCAGCCUUUUUCGUUAUGGUCAAACAUAAGUGGGGUGUGUUUGUACCAAAAGACCCCAUGUGUAGGACAGGGUCAAGUUAUCUUCAGCAAUGGGUCGCUCAUUGAAGAUAGAAAAUGUCGUUGCGAUUACACGAAAGGAUAUACAUUUAUUCAACGACCAAAACAGAACUGUUCUUGUAACCCAUCAGAGGAGGAUUGUUCCUGUUACAUCAGUGAAUGUCCUGGUGGUUCAGUGUUAUCACCUGAUUAUGAAUGUGUUGAGGAAAAACUGCAAACUGACUCGGAGUGUCCUCCAAUACAGAUUGAAAGUAGCGACAGUUGGCAGAGGCAAAACAUAAAAAGUUAUACGGACAAACAAGUACAGUCAAGAAUGCGUUUGAUUGCAGUGGGCACCAUGUUUGUUCUUGUUGUAGCAUACACAGUGAUUGUGUUCGUCUUGUGGAAUAAAAUAUCGAAAAUUGAAUGCAUGCAAGGUAUAUCCCAUAACGUGGAAAAUCUUGGAAAAAUGUCAGCAACAAUAGUUGGAGAUAGAAACUCAACACCAACAUCACAAUCGUCAACAACAGUGGUUGGUUCAACCACAGAAGAAACUGAUCAACAGCGAUUAAACGAUACAGCAUUGGAAAAAACCAAAUUACAACAUAAUGACAUUCUGAAAAAAGAAGGAGCCAAGAUAGCGGAACUGGAACAGUUAUUGGAACAAAAACGUAAAGAGAUAGAAAAUCAAAAAACAAAAAUUGACAAUAAAGAUAAAGAGCUUGCAAAAAGAGACAAAGAGCUAAAUAAAAGAGAUAUAGAGAUAAAGAAAAAAACCUAUGAUAUCAGAACUUUUGAAACAGAGAGAAAAACAUCACACAAUCAUAUACAGGAAUUAAAGGGCAACAUCAGAGUAUUCUGCAGAGUCCGACCUUUACUGGAUCAUGACAAACGAGGAAAUAAUUGUAACAUUAAUCAUAUAUCUUUUCCUGAGCCAAACAAAAUAGAUGUUGUCAAAACUAGUAAUGCUAUAUCAAAUGAAAUAAAUAAACCAAAAAAAUUUAGUUUUGACAAAGUAUUCAAGCACCAUGCAACACAGGAACAAGUAUUCACAGAAAUAUCACAGCUAGUUCAGAGUGCAUUGGAUGGUUAUAACGUGUGUAUAUUUGCGUAUGGUCAAACAGGUUCUGGAAAGACUUAUACAAUGGAAGGCACAUCUGUUAAUGAUGAUGAUGUAAAUAGGGGAAUGAUUCCCAGAUCCGUCCUGCAAAUUUUUGAUACAAUUAGAAAGCUAACAAUUGAAGGAUGGACAUACUCAGUAGAUGUAUCAUACUUAGAAAUAUACAGACAAGAAAUUAAUGACUUACUAUGUGAGAAAAAGGUCGGUUUAAAACAUGAAAUCCAAGACGUCAAUGAUGAAGUUCGUGUUACCAACAUCACUACUGAACGAGUCACUACAGAGAAAGAAGUAUAUCUGUUGUUACAAAAAGCAUCUAAAGACAGGGAAUGGGCAGAAACGAAGAGCAAUAAGAGGUCAUCUAGAAGUCACAGUGUUUUUACGCUUAAAUUAACAGGGACAAAUUCGAUAACUACAGAAACAAGCAAAAGUACCUUAACCCUAGUUGAUUUGGCUGGUAGUGAAAGAACUAAAAUAUCUGGAGCAGAAGGUCAACAAAAGAAGGAGACAGUAGCUAUAAACCAAUCACUAACUUCCCUAGGUAAAUUCAUCAGGGCUAUAAGGGAUAAGGACAAAGCUCCAGCUUACAGGGAGUCUAAGUUGACUCUCUUGUUACAUAGAUCUAUAGGAGGAAAUAGUAAAACACUCAUGUUUGUCAACAUAUCCCCUGAGGAAGAUUUUGUUGAAGAAACUAUUAACUCUCUCACGUUUGCCACAGAGGCGAACAAGUGUAAAAAAGGAAUUGCACAACCGAACAAAUAAAACUAAGAAAUUGAAUAUAUUUCUGUGGUGGUGAUGUCAUUUUUUUUUACUGUAAACGCGUCUGCUGUAUUGAUGUUUCCAUUUUUGUCUGGCUAUUGUUUAACUAAGCACAAUUAAGUAUUUGUAUUUAUAUCUAUAUAUUAUAGUGUAGUAAACAACAUAUGAAAAUAAUCAACUUAAAUUGUCAGAUAAAACUAACGGUAUUUGUUCCAAUAAACGGAUUCUCGGAU